AUGACCCGUAUACUCAAUCUCUUCUACCAUUUGACCCUCUUCUCAACCUCCCUCGGGCUCAUUGGCCCUAGUCCCGGUGAUACUAAGGUCAUCAUCGGAGUCGAAUUCACCCCAGCACGUCGGCAAGUAGCUGAAUCAUCCACUUCCGCCUCCAUAUCUGCACCAAUACCCUCCUCUGGAUCCGACAGUGCUUCUACUUCUGAAUCAGCCCCUUCCUCUGCCUUGCCAUCACUGACCAUCGACUUCUCGGCCCUUCCCUCUUCAAAGACAUCCGCUUCCGCCUUCGAGCCGGCCCCCUCAGCCCUCGACGCCGCAUCUCGGAACACUACCGCUCUGCAAUAUGCUCAGUACCUUAACGAGCUAGCCCCGACCAACUGUACAGUUGACGGAGGAGGAUGCUCGGUUUUCCAAUACGCCAUCACGGAGUGCGUUGCCGAUGAUUGUGCCUGUCAAGAUGAUCUCACACUCGCGGCUAUGGUCUGCACACAGUGCAUCGCGACCCAGGAAGGAGUCAUGGUUUACAAUACGUACCUAAAUUGGUGUGACAUUGAAGGUGUGGCAGAUCCAACGGAUACGUUCAGCGUCAGUGUGAGGCAGAGUGGAGGAGGCAGCGGGAUAAUGUCAGGUAUUCAAGCGGCGCAGACUGUCAUCUCGACCUCGACGGCGGUCGUCACUCUCACUGUCUCGGCAUCCGAGUCGCAGGCUCAAGGAUCCUCACAAGCUAGUUCCCAGCUUGGAUCGGUCGGGUCCUCUGGGGUCAGCAGCCUGGGCUUCAGUAGCACGACGUCUCUUCUUGGAGGCGUUAUGGCCAUCGGACUGGGGGCAGAUAACGAGAGUUCACCUCCGCCCUCCGCCGUAGUAGCCCUGAUUGACCCGACACAACCAUCUUCCAAGAGCUCACUCGCUACCAUGACGUCUGCCAUACCAUCGAUUGGAAUUUCGAGCCGCCCCCAGAUCUUCCUUAAUGCAAUCGGGUUAGACUCAUCUUCCACGAGUUCCCUCCCAGGCUCAACAGCCAGCUCAUUCCCCAGCACCGCCUCUAGCCCUAGUGAAGCAGAACCUGUCAGUAGCUCCAUCCUCGAGACGUCUUCCGGCGGAGUCCCGAUGACGGCUCUAAACGGUAUCAAUCUCGGCGCCCUGCCUUCGGGGCAAGCUUCCAUUUCCGCCUUGCCCUCCCCAAUGGAGGAAAUCACCAUGCUAGGUAACGGACUCGGAGGGAGUCUCGCACUGAAUGCGGCCAUUGCAUUCUUCUCCAACGUCGCUGUCCCAGGGUGCGAUAAUCAGUGUAGUGUGUGGAAAGGACUGUCCAAUACAUGCACCCAAGAUCAGUGUAUAUGUACCGCCGCUGGGGUAUCAUCAGCAGCCAGCUGUUCAUCCUGUAUUGGAUCAGGAUCGAACGGACAGAGUCCGCCGGCCGUGCAAGCGAACUACGCGGCUUUCAUGGGUAACUGCUCGGAAGGCGUCGGCAUACUAGCACCAUCAGGUUCGCCCGGACCAAGUGGUUAUGAAAUCGUUGCGGCUGCUUCGUCAGCCCUCGCCGCAUCACAAGAGCUCGGACCAACGGGAUCAUUAGCUCCGCCCUCAAUCUCGAGUGGCCAUGGCGUCGUCAACGCAGCUGAGCAACAGGCUAUGGUGACUGUCACGAGCGCCGCGGGCCGCAAAGUUCCAAUCUCGAUACCUCUAGGCAGCGUAUCGUUGUCUCUCAUCGCUCUCGGGCUGGGAGCAUUGUUGAAGGCUUGA